AUGGAGAAACCACCAGCCUAUAUUCAAGGGCCGGGCUCCCCGCCCCAGUAUCCGCCCCCGCCCUCGAUGUAUCCACAGGUACCCGUGAACUAUCAGCCGCAAGCAGCAGGUCUCCAGACCUUCAUACUACCUGUGCAGUAUGGUGAUCAGCCCGUACCCACGACGUGUCCCAAUUGCAAUCAACGAGUCGUGACCGAGUUGUCCUACGAAGCUGGAGGUUUGACGUAUCUCGCAGCCUUCGGAAUCGCUCUGUUCUUCUGGUGCGGAUGCUGCCUCAUCCCGUGCUGCCUCGACAGCUGUAAGGAUGUUUAUCACCGGUGUCCCGAAUGUCGUGUACAGCUCGGAAUCCACAAGCGUCUCUGA